UUAAGCAUAACUGAUUUUGAAGUUUGUCAACAAUUAUUACGUCGACCAAGAAAAAAAUAACGGAUUUAACGAACUUCUAAUUUGUCGUGUAUAUAAAAAGAUAAGAGUCGUGUUAACUAACUAUCUUUGAAGUCUUUCAUUCGCGGACGAGUCACCGCUCAAGAAACCAAUGGCGUUUUCAUCACUGCCUAAGGACGUCGCAUGGCAAAUCUUAGCCCGCGUGCCGAAACGACUAUACCCGAUCCUCGCUUGCUUCUCCAAGAACCUACGCUCUCUUGUUCGUUCGCCGGAGAUUCACCGGAUUCGCUCUCUCCUCCGCAAAGACUCGCUCUACAUCAGCUUCAUGCACACUGACAAAACCAACGGCGUCCACACGCCACAUUGGUUCACUCUCCGCAGAGCUGAGAGUCCUAACCCGAGUCAUGAGAAUCAGUUCAUCUCCGUCAACCUCGUGUUUCCUAACCACGACGAGAUCAUGCCGCCUUCCAUCGUCUCUUACGGUCCAGAGCUUUUCUUUAUCUCCGGAUCACUCAUCCCCUCGUCGACCUUAUGGAUCUUUGACUCUCGAACCGGCAAGUUUCGACAAGGACCAAGCAUGAGCGCGGACCACUUCGUCAAGAGCGUGGGGUUGGUGGGGAGCAAGAUAUACGUGGUGGGAGGCUAUGUGAACGGUGAGAGUCAUCAAGCUGAAUCGUUCGAUCUAAAGACGCAAACUUGGGAGACAGCGCCGAGACCUAACCCAGAAAGGUUGUUUCAUGCGACUGCUGACGUGUCGUUAGACAGGAAGGUUUGUGCGUUACUGUCCCUUGGAGCCAUCGUUGUUUGCUACGAUCCUAGUAGAGAUGGUACUUGUACGAGCUUCGUGUUGCCGAAAGAUAAGUGGUGGAAGACGGGCGUGUGUGUGAUAGACAAUGUGCUGUACGUUUAUUACGCUAGGUUCGGGUUGAUGUGGUAUGACACUGAGCUGAAUGUGUGGAGAGUGGUGAACGGUUUGGAUGAUAUGAAGAAGGUUCGGUCCGUUGCAAUGGCGGAGUACUAUGGGAAGAUGGCGUUUUUGCGGAGGGAAUAUGGUGUUGUUGGUGGUGUGAGGAAGGAGGUUUGGUGUAGAAUGAUUGCGUUGGACAGGAGUGAAGGAGGGAUCGAUGGGACUGCAGAACCGGAUCAGCUUAUGGGGAGUGUACCUCGUGGCUAUAAGUUGCAGCAUUGUCUAUCUGUUGAGUAGAGCGGAUAGACUGAGCUAAUUGUUUUGAAGUUUCGAUACUUUGUUCUGUAUCUUUGUUUUUGCUGAAUCUUUCCAAAGACUAACAGAAGAUUGCUCUGCUUUUGUUAAUGAUAAACAAAGCCAGUGGUUAGUUUAUAUCGACCUGAAAAUGAGUUACAAUAGAUGGUUUGAUAUGUCAUAUGCUCGAAGUUAAUUUGUAUGUCAAGUUUGUUUAAACGUGCUAGCUUCUGCAUUGCAAUAGUUUGAAUAUAUGUAUUUUUUUGGAUGAAUAGUUUGAAUAUUGUGCAGAACAAAACCAGAUACUACCUCUGUUCUUUAAUAUUGCAUAUUCUAGGAAAAAAAUUUGUUUUAAAAAGAUCUAUUUUUUACAUUUUCAAAACAUGUUUUAUUAACUAAUUGCAAAUUUCAAAAAACUUAAUUGCAUUUACUGAAUUGUUAUUGGCUUAAAAUUAUGAAACAAAGAUAAACACAAAAAAAUAUGCAAAUUUAAUGUGUUUUAUUAAAAUGUGUGGAAAAUCUAGAAUAUGUAACAUUAAAAAAUAGAGAGAUUAAUAUUUAUGCGUUGCAAUAGUUUAUUUAAACCAGGGCUUUUAAUACAGUUAUAAAUAUAUAAUUGUCUCAAAUUUUGGAUGGCCAUGCAUAUAUGGAUGUCACUAGACGCAUGGCCGUCUUUUUCAUUUCAAGCCUCAUAGAUCAGAAUUGCUUUAUCUAAUAUCCAGUGUUGGAGGCUUCAGACAGAUAUAGCAAAGACUAAUCAAAGGUGCUACUCUCAUCGCUUAAAGUGUCGGUUAGGUUUCUAUGUGUUGCAUCUGCAUGUGUCUUGAAUCUCUGUGUACCAUGUUAAUAAUAUCCGGUUGACAGAAAAACCUCACGAGGUCACAAACCUCACAUCAAGAAGCACUACACCAUAUAUAUCUCAGAUUUUGUAUAACUGACUUAAACCUAAAAUCCUAAAAACGAUUAACAAGAAUUCACCUUUAGCUUUCUUUUUCCCCGAUCGUUUUUAUCUUGUCGUCAUCUCCCUACUCAACAACUCUCUGGUCAAAAUCAAAGCUUUCGGUGAGGAGGUUUCACCGUCAAAGAAAAGAGAAAAAUAAAAAAUAAACUCAGUUUAAUGUUUUCUUCGGAUCCACUAUACAAAAUAAGAAAAAUUCAAAAUUCAAAAAGAAAAGAAAAUCUCUAA